AUGUGCGAUAGCUAUAUUCUCUCAAAUACACUACUGUCUUACAGAAAUUCGUUGUAUGUGGGUGACUACGAUGCGGGCAUCGUGACUGCUGAUGAUGCGGAUAUUCUCCUUGCCAUUGUGGCAGAAAUGAUGGCGAACGGCUAUGGUCUGACUUCCGACUUACUGGAAUUCCUUAAAGGACUUAACAGAAGCUCUUUAAUGAAUUUUAGAGAACGUGCCAAGACAGUACUGGAGAAGAAAACUGGAUCCAACGUUAGCUAUGUUCCUCUCUUCCGGAAAUUCCCAGAAGAAGUUCCUGAUCAUGAUCAUCUCAUAAAUAUUGUUUUUGGGAAGUUGGGAGCAGAAGGAGCUUUUUUAGUUUACGAGGUGUAUGGUGUUUGGUCCCCAGAGAUGUAUAAUGGUACAUGGACUGGUCGACAAUUUCCUGAGAAGUCAUUACAAAAAGCUAUACAGAGACCCGAACUUGUUCACAAAAAAAGGCUAAAUUUAAUAGGUGCUGCACAUCGCGCUGAUGCUUUGGAAGUAUGCAAAAACCUUAUGUGUGCUCAUGGAUCGCUUUCCGAGUCCGAUCGCGCAUUUGUGAAGGAGGUGGUACAAAAUAUAGAAGGUCUCAGUAUUCUGCCUACAGAAAUUCCAAAUAAAGAAAAUAUGGCUUUUGUGAUAGCGUCUUGCCCAAAGGAAGGACUGGCGGCAACAGAACUGUCUGAUAAACUUCAAACGUACAUAAAGACAGCAACUGACGUAUUACGCGUAGCAGUUGCCUUUUCAGGUUCGGAUGUCUCACUUGUCAACCACACAAGAUUUCGUUUGUCCAACUGGCAGCGUCGAUUUAUCUUACGAGCACUAAAUUGUCUAGAAUUCAAAAGUGGGGCUGAAGAUAUGCUUCGUUUUCGCGGAUUGUGGUUAGUUUUAGCGAAAUAUCUGCAUGUGAACGCCUAUUCCAAACAGUAUCCCAGGGCGACCGAACUAGUAUACACUAUUCGUGCAGAACCCAAGAAAAUCAGUACUUUCAAUAGAAAAGUUGAGGCAGCAUUACUGAAUUUAGAGCAGAAAGAUGACACCAAAGACAUCGAAGAAUUGCUCGCUCUACUGAAGUCUCGGCCUGGCGACUUUGCACGUCGGUUGGAUCACGUAAUUCGUACGGUUCCCAAGUCCGCGCAAUCCUUAGUGGUGACGAGAUUCCAGGAAGCAUUAAACCAGGUCGCUACGCCUCUGUUGGUCAACCUUGCGACGCACUUCGGGCAUCGUACCAAUAAAGCUCCGCUGAGAGUACACCUACCGAAAGGUUCCGCCACUAAUUGUAUUAUUCAAGAAAAAGAUCCAAGAGAUCUACUCCCUAAAGACAUUACAGAACGUUUGAUAGAUGUAAUCAAUGCUGAACUCAAGGGACGUUUCAGCAAAUUAGGCAGUCUAGGGAAUAUUUAUAUUGAUCCAAUAUUGAAAGACAUUCUCAUUCCUAUGUCUAUGCGCAAUAUCUCAGAAUCAUUGAGAACCGUUGCUCGGGGGUCCAAGUUUCGCGCUGAUAAAGAUGCUAAAGUGAUUCGUUUGUUUCUAUACUGGGAGGACAUCAAAGAAAACGGGCAAAGUCAGCGAGUAGAUGUUGAUCUGUCGUUACUUCAACUGGACAAGGAUUUCAACUCUGGAGGUGAGAUUGCCUAUUACAACUUAAAAAAUGGUGCAAUGACACAUUCUGGGGAUUUCACAUCUGCUCCUAAUGGUGCCGCAGAAUUCAUUGAUAUUGACAUUGCGAAGACCAAAGAGUUGUUCCCAAACAUCAGAUACAUUGGUGUCACUGUAAAUUCUUUUACAGGACAACCGUUCGACAGUUUCACCGCAAAAGCAGGAUACAUGGUUCGAGAUGGCGAAACGGGUGACUUAUUUGAGCCAAAAACAGUGCAGCAGAAAUAUGAUGUCGUAGCAGGCACAAAAUUUGCACUACCGCUUGUAAUUGAUUUGGAAAAACUCGAGUUUUAUUGGCUUGACUUCGGCCUUACAAGUAAGCGCUCUUGCUGCGCAAACUUAGAGAGCGAAAAGGCUUCUGUCGGGUACUUGGUGGAAUAUGCGAUAAAUAUGUAUCGGGAAAAAGCGAGCUUAUGGGACCUCAUUAUGCUUCAUGGCGAAGCGCGCGCAAAGUCGAUAGCAACAGAUAUAUCUGAAAGGCAAGAAUUCGAUCGUGUUUACGAUAUGGAUUUCUGCACCAAAGUUGAUUUGAUAAUGUCUCAAUAUCUAGCUUAA